AUGGCUGCCCACUCACCACUACGCAUCGCAGUCCUUAUCAACACACCCCCUGGCAAUGAGUUCCGGAACGAUGUCCGCGGGUCUUAUCGGGAUGCCUUAAAUGUUAUUGCACCAAACGCCCAGGUCGAUAUGUACGAUCCCGUGUUUGAAGGGAGCUUCCCCAAUCCUCAGAAUUAUGACUUGAUCGUCUUGAGUGGAGGGAAAGCCGACGCCUCAUCCUCGGAGCCCUGUGUGCUUGGUGUCCUGGACUUCCUCCGUAGGACUGCGCGGGAGUCACCAAAGACUAAGAUUUUAGGCAUCUGCUGGGGCCACCAAGCUAUAUUGAGGGCAUUUGGUGGAGAAGUGCGAGCCGUUCCUACAGGACCCAUUGCCGGCCUUGAAGAUGUUAAUUUGACUGAAGCUGGAAUGAAGCUUUUCUCUACCCGAUCAGGUGUCAAGGCCUACGCGCAUCCAGGAGUUCAGACUGAACUGGCCAAAAAGAUGUUGUUGGAGGAGGAUGAGGUUUACAAUGGCAAUUUUUCGAAGUGGGAACUACAAGACUACCUGAAGAGGCUAGAACAGCCAACAGAUGGAUUUUUAGUGCUGAGGCGGGUGAUAAAGUGGGUUAGAGAGUGA